AUGGCGCUUCUCCAGUUUCCUUGUCUCGUCGGCACAGCUCUGCUAUUGUUGCAGUUGGCGUCCGCCCAAGACGUCGAAUACGGCGUCGAUGUGUCGUUUCCCAUUCAUCAUCGAAAAGUCUCGGACAAUUUUGCGUGGCUUCCACACAACCAGGAUCCCGCCCAUCACAAGACUCCCAAGCAAUUCGAGGAAAUGGUGGUCUCCCCCUUGCCGGGCCGGGAAGAAAUGUAUCUAGAUUUUAUCAAAUCCUGCGAAAAAGCAUUUGGGGGUAGGGCGAGCCGAUGCCGAAUGACCGAACAAGACCGCAUCGACAUGAGUUUGAGGCAGCCACAGAGUAUGCAGAAUUACACAGAAGUUGGCUUCAAAAAGAUCAAAGCACCAGAGAAAGUCUUCAAGAUGGUCAAGGAAUUUUGGGAGGCCAACAAAGACAAGGAAAAGAAGGAAACUUGGGGAACUGCCAAUACCUACACCAACAACUGGGUUGUCCCAACUCAUAUGGUGAGCGUGGAAGACAGUGGCCUCCGUGGGGGUGGUUUCGGCUUGAAAAAACAAAUCUGGGAUGCUGCCAGAGAUACUCUUCAAGAGUGGACCGGUCAAGAAUUAACGGAAUGUUCCUUGUAUGGAAUUCGGGUCUACAAGGAAGGGUCCAUUCUUUCUACUCAUGUGGAUCGUUUGCCAUUGGUGAGCUCGGCCAUUAUCAACGUGGCCUCCGAUCUCGAUGAACCAUGGCCUCUGGAAGUGUACGGGCACGACGGCAGGGCCACGAACGUCACAAUGGAACCUGGUGAUAUGGUGCUUUACGAAUCGCAUUCCGUCCUCCACGGACGCCCUUUUCCAUUGAAGGGACGUUUCGUUGCCAAUUUGUUUAUCCAUUUCGAACCGACGGGCCACACUCUUCGACACGAAGAAAAAGUGGAGGCAGAGCAGAAGGCCAGAAUGGCAAAGGAAAAGAAGAAGGGCAGCUGGAUCUCACAGUACAAACUAGCUUCCAAAAUGGGAUUUGGAGGGCAUGAAAACGAAAACAACGGCCUGCCACCAUACAUUAUUCCUGGAACUCCAGAAGAGGCCAACUGGAGACGUAGUCAUCCCAGUGGAAACCAACGACAACAACAAGAUAGGUUCACCACUGGAUCCACGCCAGUUCAUUUUGCCGCACAGAAGGGUGACUUGAAAUCAAUAAUGACUCACAUUGACAAGGCGAAAGAAUCCGUGCAUUUGAAAGACGCUAACGGCUGGACUCCUCUGCACGAGGCAGCAAGAGGUGGGCAUAAGGAGGUUGUCAAAUAUCUGGUGGAAAAGGGUGCGGACAAGAAUGCGUUGACUGGAGUCGGGGAGUCAGCUUUGUGGUGGGCUCGGCACGAGUAUGGUGACGAGCAUCCUGUAGUGGAGUUCCUGGAGGAGCUUGGUGCUUUGGAAGUUGGACCUGACCUCUAA